AGAAACAGCUGCAGCGUAUCGACAUGAUCGACUACCAUUGACCUUUACUGGCAUUGCCCUUGAAGAAAAACGACUUUGUGUGCCCUCUAAAUCUGGAAAAACCCCAGGGCCGAGGCUUAUUCGAAAUGAUUGCGUCGUUAGCAAAUGCCAAACUGACAUACUUUAGCCCGACUGUGUAGAAAUAAGCCAGGAUGUUCUGACCGUCCUCUGGAGAGUGUGCUGGACUCAAGUGGGAAGCUAGGUUAUAAAGGUAAUCCGGAAGCAUUGGAGCGUGAAACGGGAUUUACAGAAUAUGUGACUGCUACACGUGUACCGGGGCAUGAAGGUGUUGGAUCCUGUGGUGGUGCUGGGAGGCAGAAUUGGGGGAAACCUUGGGUUUCGGGUAUAGGGGACCCUACUGCCCGGAGGUGGGAGUCGUCUUGGAGUGCUAGCAGUGGACACCAGCAGUCGCUGAGCUUGAAACUGAUGUCUUUGGGGGGUGGUGUUGUGCUGAAAAAUUGUGAUGGCUUCACCACAUUGAAGCUAACCAUGAUGUUGAUGGGUUGGAGUGACAGACUUCUUGUGAGCUCCACGAACUGGGUAUGGUGAGGUGUGUUGCCCACCGGGGGCUGGAGGAUGCGGGUCAGAAAACAGCCAGUCUCUUAAGCAGAUUACCAUUAAGGGGGAAUUGGUCUGAUAGUGCCUUUGAUGAAGAUGAUGAAAACUUCAUGAUGACCUCAGAAGGGCUGUACGACAUUCUUGGAGCAGCACAGGAUGCCUCCUCGCAAGAGCUCAAGUCUUGUUACCAGAGGGCAGUGCUUAAGUGCCAUCCUGACAAGCUGCCCCCAACGUGCAGUGAGGCAGAGCGGGCAGCAGCAUUACAGCGAUUUUACCUGGUAGACACAGCUUGGAGGACGCUUGGUGACGAGGCCAGCAGGAAGGAAUAUGAUGCGAGGCAGACAGAGAAAGAAAUGAGGAAGCUAUGGCCUCUAAAUGAGAAGGUCAAUGUAGACGAGAUGGAUUGGCAAGAAGAUGAGGAAGUAUAUAGCUACAGCUGUCGAUGCGGCGGUGAAUACUUAGUUACUGACAAGGACAUUGACCAGAAUGUCUUUAUCGUCGGUUGUAACACUUGCACGUUAAGUAUAGAGUUGGUGCAAGGUGGCUCUUCAGAAGUCCAAACGGGAAGCAGUGUGCAGCCAACGUGACAUCUUGACGACUUUUAGUCUGAGAAAAGUCCCAAAAUGUAGUUUGGGCAGCGUGUUUAUCUACUUUGUGGAUCCCUACACCAAACUUCUAUUCACUCAGUAUUCUGAGUGCGAAGCACAACAGAGAAGACUGUAAAUUUUAAGGAUUGAGGCUUGCAAAUGCCGUCGCUUCUAGACUGGUACCAUUUUCCUCCUUUUGAAACAUGGAAUAUAUCUGAGAGUCUGGAAACCGACGUUUUUGUCAUUUUUCAUGACUUCAAAUAACGAAGGUGUUCGUUAAUUGAAGUCAAGAAUUGAACAUCUGUUUUUAGACGUUGUUUAAAAUACUUGGUAUAUGAUAAAAAAAACAGUCGGGCCAUUUUUUGGUAAGGGGGGAAACGGUAGUCGAGGCAUUGAUCAAAGCAAAUAUGACUUACAUCUUGGAAGCAGAUCCAGUUAGAUUGGAGGCUGCUUGAGGCUAGGGCGUAGCGUGUUUAGUAUCUGACAUAUGCAGUUCAUUACCUUUGUACCACGUGGAAAUAGUGCACGAGUAUAUCAUACCAUAAAACACCGGAGUGUAAACUGUAUUUCUUUGUGAAUGGCGAGAUGUAAUAGUUUCUGACAGAUAUGCAAAAGGGUUAUAAAGAAAAACAUAAGGAAAGAAUCCCCAUACACCACUUCUAUAAAAGGAUGGACAACAACCUUAACUCUAUCACAGGUCGUAUGCAGUAGGCGUACAUCUCCAAUGGUGUUUAUCAUACAUGUAGUACGCCUACGUGAGAGGAACCUAUACAGUUAUACAUGUAUACUUAAAGCUGUGAAACCAGGCUUUGGUUUCUCGAACGAUUUCCGUUUCUCUCCGGUAAUCUCUCAGUUGCAGGACCAGUGAUGAUUAUUUCCCCAUUUCGAUAUUUGUAUCACCCAAUCAGACUUUCCACCGCCGUUAAAUGAGAUCGAGGCGUUUACUGUGCCAAAUAGUCCUAACAUGGAAGAAAUUUAUUAUCGUAUUAUGUGAUAUAUGUGCUAACCUAACAAGCAGGUCCAUUGUAUGACGCGAGUACCCUUCAAUUAAAUUAACGUCUUCGCUACAAAUUUGGGAAAGAGAUUAAACAACCUUCGAAAAAUCAUCUUCCCUAUGAAGGAAACAAACUUAAAAAAAAGGGACAAGCAAAGGAUACAACUUUAUCCGUGAUUCUAAUCACGGACAUCCCUCCUGCACUUCCCUUCCCCUACCAUGUGAUCCACGUAAGCCUCUUCUUUUGUGUCCACGCCCCUGCAUAAUGCUGAUAGUGCCGUUUCAUAAUCCAGGUGCGUAUUAUAAUAUAACACCGGCUUGAUUCAUAAAUGGGUAUUUUUAUAAAGGCCUUCCUGGUAAACAGCUGUUAACCACUAAUAGUGGGCAGUCAGAAUGGGAAAGGAAGCAGUGGCAGAUAGGUGCUUGUCUGUACCAUCGAAACAGCAUCUUGUGAGCUUUUCUGCACCACAGGGUAUGCUGGACUCAUCAAAAAUCCUCGUGCUAGGUUGACUGUACGCUUUAUUUAUUAUGAUUUUUGUCAAAGAAAAUGUAACAUCGUCAAACUGCUCGAAUCAAGCAAGGGGAUGUGUUUGCUCCUUCGCCACGCCCGGCCGACGCCCAAAGUGAUGUCGGCCCAGUUGGUCAGCCUGUAGUGACGAAAUUAAUGCUUGCGUAAGAUGUCUGCUUCAUUCAGCUUCUCAAACUUGGAUUCGCCAUCCACUAUUCAAGGCGUAGUUGAUUUUCAUGCCUUUAUCAAGUUUUCCGUUGAGAUCAUCCACAAUAGCCGUACGAGUUUCAUUAUCCCUCAAAUACAGGUAACUUGACAGAAACACCUACGUGUAUUUGUCGAAAAGGUCUUGCUUGACUGCUCAGAGGGUCUUUCUGUUUGCCUUCUGCAUGGCUUGAUCUUCAUUCAUGCCUUUGUUGACGUACCAGUCUUUUGUAUCCCUCAUCCCCCUAUUUGUUUCUUUGGCUUCAGCCAGUCAAUCUUCGUAGGUGGCAUUGUCUUCCAGUUCUUAACUGUCUUCGUUCGAGGUUUUGUCAUCAGCCUCAACAGGUUCCGAAUCAUUGUUAAUUCCAUUCAUGUCUGAUUCUUCCUCAGCGAGGAUAUUUUUCUCUCUAGAUUAGACUUCCGUCCAAAACCGUUGUCACACUGGUGAAAAACCAGGGCUUGAAUGCAUAAAUAACAUUCAUGUUGAUCCUUGGAAGGAUGACCUUUAAAUGACACGAAACAAACGAAAUUGGUCAGUAUAGGAUGUAUAUACAUAGACAUGUAUUUCAUGUAUUCGUGACUUGCUUAUUUCAUUGCAUAUAACUCAUACCUCUCGCCAAAUGAGUGGCAAAAAAUGAUGAUUGGCCACUGAGGUAUAAGAGUUACAGCUCAGUCAAAUCCUCGUCAAAUCCUUUAAAGGAACACAAUCACAUAGAGUUUAACUGUAAAUGAACAAUAAAACGCAACAAUAAAAAGAGCAAAAUAAACAGUAAGAAGAGUAAAAUAAAGAGUGAAACGGGUAAACGAGCAAGGCAAAUGAGUAAAAGAGCUAAACUGACGUUUGGUGAGUCCGUUCCUUUUGUCCCAUUUACAGGAUAGAAAGAACCCAUAUAUACAACAUAGUGGUAGCGGUGGUCCCAGUAAAUAUUAGCGGACAUAGCAGUAACGUAUAGAGGAUAUAACCAGCCUCGUAGUGCAGAAUUUUGGGGUCCAAAAGUUUGGUAGUAGUUGUCCGAUUUUUGCCGCACGUGUACGUUUUGCAUGUACGUUACUCAACGGUAGUUUCCCAUCAUGUCGCAGUCAGAGGGGGGGGGAGGUCUCAUUAUGGGCCGAACACCUUGUGAUCGCUGAACGGUUUCGGUUCUAUCAGCGCGGUCAAAAACCUGGUGAGACCAUGGCACAGUAUUCCGUUGAACUACAAACCCUGACAGGGCCGUGUAAAUUCGGCUCUUUUCCAGACCAUGC